AACAAAAAAAAACAUAAGCAUGAGCAAAUAAUUUGAUAAUACUUUAAAUGUUAUAAUUCAAUUAUGAACAUGAAUUGUUAUUAUUACAUAAAAAGUUUUGCAAUAUUCAUCACCUCAGAUUAGUCAGAAUGGAGUCUUCCACGUGACUGAAUCUGCCUGCAUCAGAACUACUGCUGUCAACCUGGUUUUCUGGUGUAGGACUUGAGGGUCUAAAGAGACAAAGAGAGGGUGAAAACACUUUCUAAUAUGUUCAAACUAAAUUCUAGACAUUAUUUAAACCUACCUUUUCUGAACGAGUAUUCGGUAAAUACAUAUAAAAUAGUUAUACUAAAUAUACAUACAAAACAUUUUGGUACAUUUCAUAGUACACAAAAAUCCAAUCUUUACCUUUUUAAUGACUCAUCUUCUUUAGCAAUUGUCCUAAAUGUUGUAUGGUAGCUUGGAGAGGGAGGGGUUGGAAUGUAACUUCAAUUAAAAAUGUAAAAUUAGAUGCUUGAACACUGGCCUUUUACUAAAAUAUGAAAAGAGGGAUAACUCUUAAAUGGCAUGAAAACUGAUUUGACCAGAGUUAACAACAUUGCUUACGGAGGUCCGAAUGCUGACUUUUCUAAGUCCUCCCCCAUUUGUAACCACAUCUCCUCAAACUCCGAAAACGAAUCUGUGGAUUUGGUUGCGUCACUGUGAUAAUGUAAAUUUAUACCAAAAUUAUUUUUAAGGAACAUUUAAAAAUAUGUUAAUGACUAGACAAGACAGCAAAACAGCAUAGGAAAAAAACGACGAACUAUAAUUGUUUUCAUAUGUUAUUUUAAUUGAAUGAAUUUGUGGAAAUAUAAAGAAAAAUAUAUAAUAAUACGUAUAAAAUACCAUUACUAAUGUCAUGAUAUGCUACUAGAUUGUAUGUGGACCAAGAUUUUUACGGUAAAAUAGUUUUUAAUCAUUAAUAUUGCAUUAAUAAUAAAAAAAAUAUCAAGAUUUUAGGGGGAAAACAUAGUUUUAUUAAAAUCUAAAUUCUUUGUUUUAUGAAGUGAGAAUAAAAUAUGAAUAAAAGAUUCCUUAAAAGUUAGCAUGUAAGAUAUGUUGUUCUUUAAAACGAAUUAGCUGUUAUUUCCCUAAGUUUAUUUAAUUAAUUUUGAAAAGUUUAAAUAAAAAAAUUACUUACAGAAACUGUAGAUAUUCUUCUGCCAUUUUCUCAAGGUGAUAACGUAAUGCAAAACUCCGUUGUAUUUAUAUGUCUUGAAUGAAAAAUUCGGUGAGGAAAUGAGGAAAUAAUACAAACAAAAUUAAGUGGGUUGGGACAGUUUACCACCCAAUCCGCGCUUUCUCCGUGGGUACGAGUUUGACGGGUCAAAGAAAAAAAUACAUCACGAUAAUGACGCAGGUGCUCUACUCCAUUAACUGAAUUAUAUUCCCUUUUUAAAAAUACCGCUGUGUCGUGACAUAUCUGCGCGACACCCCUGACAGGAGUGAUAUGCGCAUACCUGGAAGGUCUCUAAUGAGGUGAAAUUAUGUUAAUUAAUUCAUGGUUGCUCUAUUUUUUUUCUACACCUGUAAACACAGGUAUUGUAAGAAAAAAAAGGAAUUCAUGUCACCUCGUUUCAAUCCAAUGUAGCAUCUUUAUUCAACUAUGUAAGAGAAUAUGUACAGUAUCUAGUUCUUUGUAUUCUUUAUUCAAUGUGUCCUUUUGAUUUAAUCAUGAUAUUAAUCUUAGCGCUAUCAAUCUAUCUUGCAACAUCAGCGCAGGGGUGUUACAGCAUAUUAUGAUUAUGACUUGUUCUCUAUUUAAGUUAUGUUAAAAAAAGAGUGAUUUUUAACUCGUGAUCGUAAAGUAUACUAGUCUAGCAGGUUAUGAUGUAAAUUAUUCAUUUCAAAGAAGAUAAAGCGUUAACCUCGCAUUUGCUAUGUAAUUAACCAUUCGAUUAAAUUGCUGUUUAAAUUUUAUCAGUGAGGUUCACCUACCGCAAGUCUGACACUGAUAUACAAAACUGACAUUUUAUAUAUAACAUUAAAUGUAGUAAACGAGGGCUAAAUGUGAUUUACUUAAACCUUUGGACAAAUCAGUCAACAACUUUGUAAUAAAGGAUGUUAUUUAUAAAUUAAAUCAAUUUUCUCUAUCCGAGUUUUUUGGAUUUUUUUUUUUUUUUUUUUUGCUUCUAUUACAUUUACAGAUCAAGGUGUUAGGCUUAUACCCCCCUUUUCUGAUUUUGUUAAGAGAGAGAGAGAGAGAGAGAGAGAGAGAGAGAGAGAGAGAGAGAGAGAGGGAGAGAGAGAGAGAGAGGAGAUGGAGGGAGGUCAUGUGAUCAAAAACCCGUGCAGGAUUUACCCGCGCACCCAUCACGGCAUGAUGGCGAGACCGUUAGACCUAUGGUUAUGUUUGAUGUGGAUAUUCCUGAUUAAUGGUGCUUCAGAUAAUUGUAAGAAACUGUGCUGGCCCAUUGAAGGAAUUUAUGAUUGUACUAAAUCUGGGAGCCGCUGUGUUCGGAUGAUGCGCUCCGCCUAUAUAGACACUGUACGUGAAAUACGGGUUUUCAACUGUGAAGUCCAGCUUGUGACCGACAGGGUGGUAACAAAUUGGCCAGUAAUAAGAGACCGAAAUUUCAACAGGUGCCCACAAUCGAAUGUGUCCUCACCGCCACCGAUAACAACAACAGCUGAAGCCCAGAAGUUGCCAUCACCGCCACCGAUACCAAAAACAGCUGAGACACAGAAGUUGUCAUCACCACCACCGUUAACAACUACAGCUGAGGCCCACAAGUUGCCAUCACCGCCACCGAUAAUAACAACAGCUGAGACCCAGAAGUUGCCAUCACCGCCACCGAUAAUAACAACAGCUGAGACCCAGAAGUUGCCAUCACCACCACCACCAAGCAGGACCUACAACUCCCUAAAUCUUGGUUCUAAAAUUGUUGCAGGAUCCCAUAAACAUGAUGAUGAUGAGGACGAUGACCAACUGUUUGAUGUACAAACAGCAACAGGUUUCUUAACGUGGGCUCUUAUUACAACCAUGGGAGUUAUUGUAGUUGCUGUUAAACAAUGUAUUAAGAAGAAAUUGCUCCGUUGCCCAUGUGAAUGCAGGAAUAAUCCCCCUAAUGCACCAGAGAACCCCCCUAAUGCACCAGAGAACAUUCCUCUUAACCAUCCACAUACCCCACCUCAGGCGGCAUCGACACCAACCUCCUCCUCAAACCUUAGUCCUACACUUUCACUGGAAACAACUCUGACAACGGAUACCUCCACAACUAGCACUAAAACACUAAUUGAAUCACCUGUUUCAUCUCACACAAGAUUCCAAACUGCUAAAAAAUUAUUUUAGUUAUUUUAAUGAACUGAUAUUGGAGUUUGACACAGCUGAUUUUUUUUCAAAUUUUUCCUUCAAGGAAAGGAAAAAGUGUUCCCAUAUUUGUAUUGUAUGAUUUAUCAAAAGAGUGUUUUUAAACUGUUGUGGAAAAAAAUGUAUGUAGAUGUUAUUUUUCUGCAGUUGUACUGAAGUGACAGCGGUGUAAUUUCAUUUUAGAAUUGUGGGAGGACUGUUUUUAGGUUUUUUGUUAAAGCAAAUCAUUUCAUGUUUGAUGAAGUAAUACUUAUUAUGAAGGUAAUAUAUAUCUUGCAGUUUUUGAAAAGCGUAUUUGCAAAUGAUUUUAGAAAAAAAAUCAUGUGACAGGUCUAAUUCCAAUUUAGUGUACCAGAAUACCGGUAACUGUUGGAAGUCUUCUUUGUAUACAACCAUUUAAUAGGUAUUUUACAUACACUACCUUGUUGACUGAAAUAGAGAUUGGUGAAAGUGGAGAUUUUUAUUUUUCCUUGAAGAAAAGGAAAGGGAAAUCACUCCCAUAUUUGUAUUGUAUGAUUUAUCAAGUGAGUGUUUUUAAACUGUUGUGGAAAAAAAUGUAGAUGUCAUUUUUUCUGCAGUUGUACUGAAGUGACAGAGGUGUAAUUUCAUUUUAGAAUUGUGGGAGGACUGUUUUUAGGUUUUUUGUAAAAGCAAAUCAUUUCAUAUUUGAUGAAGUGAUACUUGUUAUGAAGGGAAUAGAUAUCUUGCAGUUUUUGAAAAGCGUAUUUGCAAAUGAUUUUAGAAAAAAAAUUAUGUGACAGGUCUAAUUCCAAUUUAGUGUACCAGAAUAACUGUUGGAAGUCUUUUUUGUAUACAACCAUUUAAUAGUUAUUUUACACUACCUUGUUGUUUUUUUUAUUUUUCCUUGAAGAAAAGGAAAGGGAAAUCACUCCCAUUAUAUCUGAUGAUUUACCAAAUGAGUGUUUUCAAAAUGCUGGAAAAAAUGAAGAUGUAUUUUUUCUGUAGUUUAGACAAUUUUUUUUAAUUAUAUGACGUGUUAUUUUAUUUUUGAAAAAUUCUGAGAUUACUGGUUUAUGUAUUUUUGUCAACAAAACAUUUCAUGUUUGAUGUAUUUUUGUCUACAAAGCAUUUCAUGUUUGUUGACAAGUAUUUUUGUUAUUAAUUAUUAACUUGUGUGAUUUAUAAAAACGCCUGACACAAAAAAGUCUGGUUGUUUAACCCAUAUAUAUUUUUUAGAUGCAACAAAAAAUGUGAUUUUAGCGAUGUUUAAUUUUACUUUUUAUAUAUGAUUAUACAAAUGAUUUGUUUUAAAUCUACCUCAUAUUACCAAUUAAAAGGUUUUUCAAAAGUU